AGGGAGGGAGAUAAGCCGGCGGAGUUCCGGCUGCGAAAAGGCGGAGCGAAGCGGAGGAAGAGACGUGUCUUUUUGCCGACUGUGGAGAAGUGCGGGCGCCAAGGGAGCCAUGGAGCUUGAGACGAUGAGCAGAUACACCAGCCCGGUGAACCCGGCCGUGUUUCCACACCUCACCGUGGUUCUCCUGGCCAUCGGCAUGUUCUUCACCGCUUGGUUCUUCGUCUAUGAAGUAACUUCUACCAAGUAUACACGGGACAUUUACAAGGAACUGCUCAUCUCCUUGGUGGCUUCACUCUUUAUGGGUUUUGGAGUACUUUUCUUACUGCUGUGGGUUGGAAUCUAUGUGUGACAGUAAAGCAGGAGCUAUUUCAGGUUCCAGAAGCCUUAGUGAAGCUCCUUUUUUAUUUUUGUACUUAAUAUGGCUCAUCACAGCUGUGGACUGUUUUUCUGACACUUUCCUAUAUUCCAGAAUGAAGUAACAUCAAAUCAAUAAAUUUUACUCUGUGAUGAGCUGAACUUCAUGCUCUUUAUUCUUUCAGUCCUUUUUUCCUACCACAUACAAAGACCCAUUCCUUUCAUCCUUUCAUGGGUCUAUAAACUUUUAUUACGGUCUGCUGUUAUGCCUAGAUCUCCUACAGGAAUGAAAGGUGCAGCUGAAAUGAUACAUAGCCAAGAUCCUUGUGUCUGUACUUCUGAUUUUUACUGACUCUUGGAAUUCAGUUACAUUUGUUGUACCAUAGUAAAACGAAUGCUUAUGA